AUGCAUUACAGAGCAGCCGUCCACAUACAGAACCUGAGAAGCCAUGGCCUGGAGAAUGCACGUGAACACCAAAGGCUGGAGAGAGGAGCUGGUGGGGAAACCCCAGAGUCCCCAGGGUGCUGUUACCUGGCUCCCCCACAGAACCCUGGGAACCAGCUGCUGCUCCUGAGCGCCCCACUCCAGGGCCUCAGUGAGCAACUCUUCCCUCCAGUGGGGAGUAAACCCUUCCCAGCUAGGGUCCUGCGAGAGGGAGCAGUUCACUUCUUCUGCAGGGGACUCUACAACUCAGACCUUUGGGGUGAAGCAUCUGUGAGGCCCUCAGGGACUCAGGAUGAGCUGCACAGCAGCUGAAGGAAGACAGCCAGACCAGGGUGGGAGCGAGCCAGGAAACAUCUGGCUUGCUGUUUCAGACUCCACCAGCUCACAGUUCACACAAGCUCCCCGGGACACUCACACCUUGCCCUGUACCAAGUUUUUAAGACAGUUAAGCUCUGUCCAUCUGAGACUUCACUUCUUUUGAGUAGAAAAUCACUGAAAUCAUCAGAUCCAUGGCACCCACCCUCACUCUCUCCUAACAGCUGGAACUGUCAGGCUGGCUUCAGGUCCUGGUCUUCACACUUAAUAUCACUCUCCUUCACUUGCUCAGACAGCCAGAGCAGGUGGGUGAGUUCCUCCCAACAAUCUUCACUGCAUUCUCUCAGCUCCCACCACAGGGCAGCUCAUAUGCCUGAGUGA